AUGGUCAAAAUUAUAUACAAACAUUCCGGUAGGAACUUCCAGAAUCUCAGAAUAGCUGGAGAUUUUACAGACUGGAAAGCUUUACCCAUGGUAAAAAAAUUGGAGGUAGGUGCAUGUGAAGAUUCCUGGGAGGUAUCGGUAGAUGCAACUCGGUUGCCCAAAGGUGCCAGUAAGAUACAUUUUAAAUUCAUUGACGAUGAUGGUAUCUGGUUUACAGAUGACAACUAUGCAAAGGAGGUAGAUGAAAGCUCAAAUGAAAAUAACGUCAAGUUUAUCACUGAAAAUGAAACUAACAAAUCUGAGACGGAUCCUGAUAACGAAUAUCCUACUAAAAUUGCCGAUGACGGCCCUAAAAGUCCUGCUCCAUCACUGCAAGAGUCUCUACAACAGGAAGUUACAGAAACUCCGAGACAGGUAGAAUCCGAGAAUGCUCCUAAUCAAGUACUUUCUUCCGAACCAGAAGAUGAUCCUGAAUCUGUUGGAGAGCCUGCUAUUUUGGUCAAUCACUCCGAUGCAGAAGAGAUUGCCAAUAAGCAUGCUCAUGAUGAGGAAGAGCCUCCCACAAGCUCGGGUACCGUUUACACCAACAAGGGACAAACACCCGAGCAGUACAAAAAUUUUUUGGCAAAAAUUAUUGCAUUUUUUACAAAUUUAUUUCACAAUUGGUUCAAUUAG